AUGUAUAAACUACUUAGUGCUGUGUCAGAAAAUGAUGACUAUCUUGUGAACGAAAUCUUAAAUAAGCGAGAUUACAUGCUUUAUAUUAAUUUUCAAGAUCAAGAGAAUUUCUGUACGCCCUUAUUAUUGGGUGUUCGAUAUAACUAUUAUGAGAUUUGCAGAGAUCUUUUGCAUAUGGGUGCAGAUCCAAAUAUACCUGAUAUAAAUGGACAAACAUGUCUAAUGAUUGCAACAUCUAAUAAUCAUAUAUCUAUGGUUAAAUUGUUAUUAGAAUAUAAAGUUAAUGGCAAGAAUUUAGUUCUCCCCUUAUAUAUUGCUUCAAUGAUGGGUAGGAUUGAUAUAACUCGUAUCUUAUUGAAACAUGGGGCAAAUCCUAAUUCAACUAGAGAUAAUCGUAAUUUUGAAUUAAUAGACACUCCGUUAGGAAUCGCCAUAUCAAAUGGUCAAAUUGAGAUUGUUAAAAUUUUGCUAAAUAGUGGGGCCGAUCUAACAUUUUUACCACUUCUUAAUUCGGUCAAAAAAUCCUAUAUUUUCACACCUCUCGAUUCUGACGAAUCCUCUGAUAAUACAUCUCAAACGCUUUCAAUUAAAACCCUAUGGUUGGACUCGAAGCACAUUAUCUCUAUGCAAAAUUAUUGUCACUUAGCUUUAUCUAAGUAUAAAAAAAGUUCAUACUUUAGGUGCACUGGACGGGCAACUAAAGACGAUAUCUUGAUAUCUGUUGAUGACCGCGCCAAAAGGAGAGAAAUUCUAGAAAUUUUAUUAGCUUGUGGGGCUAAACCCUACCUUUUGAAUGCUAAGGAACAGACAGCAGUCGCCAACAAGACCCCACCUCUACCUCGCCAAUCCUCAAAGUGUUAUCGAAACAGAUCAGGACAAGAAAAUUUUUUGUAUUCCCGCAAUUUUGACGAUACGGUAAAUUUUGUGCACGUCCUAGAAUGUAUCACUUUAGAUGAUAAUAUAGAGGCACGUCAGAAUAACCAAGUUAAUGAUGCCGGGGCUGAGAGUGAGAUACAACAGACGUGCGAUGUAGAUAAUCUAGCUUAUUUGCAGAAAUUGACUGAUUCACCCUUACCUCUAACUUGGUUAGCAAGGAUUAAUAGGAGGAAUCGUUACUUUAAAAGAAGAUGUUCACUGGAAGAAGACCUCGCGAAGAAAAAAUCUUUACCUAAAUAUAUCGUAGAUUUUUUAACUUUAAAGCGAUUGUGGAAUUGAA